UGUCAACUGUAUCCAGAGAUGACUACGAGAAUAUGGUCCAGUCUCAGUUCCUUCACCUCACUGAACCAUCUCACCAUCUCAGACUCAUCUAUCGAUUUCCCUCCAUCUCCUCCUGAGCUACCAUCCAUCACAGAGCUAUCAGCUGAGAGAGUGACGUCAAAAUGCUAUGAAGGGUUGAUCUCAUCGCUCCCUGUUUUGCUAUAUAUCGAUAUCUCUAUCGAUGAGGCAGAGGGAGACAUAUCCCAUAUAACGGCUGGUCUUCGUCGGACUGGGGGACUGAACCUCAGACGCAUCAACCUUUGCACUCCGUACUCUCUCCCACCAGAGAAGCGUCGCGUAUCGAGAGAAACAAUGAGAGGAUUGGGACUUCUCAUCAAGGAACAUACCGAGAACCUGAACGAGCUCUAUCUGAAGGUGGUUAGGUGCAGAGACGAGGAUGACUUUGUGUACCUCAUUGAAUGCUGUAGACAUGUGAAGAAGAUGAUAUACGUAGAGUAG